UUUGUUAAAGGUGUUGAAUUCAAUUAACCAUAUUUAGAGAGAAGCUGAGGCAGGAAGAAGAAGAGACAGAGACGAAGACAAGGAGAAGAGAGAGAGAGAGAGAGAGACUCGUGGAGCCUCGUUUUCUGUGAUGCCUGAAAUCAGUGACAGGCAAUGGCGAGAGCAUGUUCGGAGCUCUCCAAAUGGCAGAUCGAAGCUCUAGAAAACCCUAACUACAUUACAUGUCGUACGGUGUUCGCCCUUCAUCGUUCAAGAAUGCGAUUAAUUUAGAUUUCUAGGUUCUUUUUUAUAGGGAUUAUUUCUUUUCGUCAGAAUGCCGGAAGCGACUAAAUUGUUGUAUAUAGUCGUCUUGGACGACGGAGAGAAGAAAGAAGGAAGAGGAAACAACUCCUUCCGAUACACCAGACCCGUGCUACAGAGCACUCUGCAGCUCAUGGGAUGCAAAGCUCGACAUGCCUUUAAGAUUAGUAGGAGGGUUUUUGAAGUAAUGAGAAGCGAAUGUUCCGGUGAUGCUUUGUCUUCAGUGGGGAUGGAAAUUGCGGGCUUAGAUGUUUUGGAAGGUUAUUCUGAGAAGGAAAAUGGCCAGCGAGCAGGUGGUUUCUUGGAUAAAGGAACGGUUGACAACCAUUUGGUUUCUGAGAAAGAUGACGGAUAUAAUAGUAAACCAUUUGAGCUCUACAAAAGACAGACAACUCUUUUUGUUAAAAGAGAGACGUUCUUGAAUGUUGUUUGUGAUUCUCUCGCCCUAUACAAGUAUGUAGGUCCAAAUCAGAGGGCUGACUUGCUUUUGGCGUGCAGAAUCCGAGAAAGAAAGGAAUCUGUGACUGUGUUGUUGUGUGGGACAAGUGGGUGUGGCAAAUCUACCUUGUCUGCUUUGCUGGGUAGCAGGUUGGGCAUCACAACUGUAAUUUCUACAGAUUCAAUUAGGCACAUGAUGCGUAGCUUUGUUGAUGAAAAGCAAAACCCAUUACUCUGGGCAUCUACAUAUCAUGCUGGGGAGUUCCUGGAUCCAGUGGCAGUUGCAGUAGCAAAUAGCAAACGGAAAGCAAGGAAAUUAGCACAUGUUUCUUACUCACAGUCCAAGGAUGAAAUCUCUAAUGGAACUGGACCUGAUACCAGGACACCGGAUGUAGGUCCCAGUACUACUGAACUGAUUGGAACAAAACAAAUGGUGAUUGGGGGAUUUAAAGCACAAAGUGAGAUGGUAAUUGACAGUCUUGAUCGGUUGAUAACUGCAUGGGAAGAAAGAAAAGAAUCAGUAGUUGUUGAGGGUGUUCACUUAAGCCUCAACUUUGUGAUGGGGCUUAUGAAAAAGCAUCCUUCAAUAAUUCCAUUCAUGAUUUACAUCACAAAUGAGGAUAAACACUUGGAGAGAUUUGCAGUUCGUGCAAAGUACAUGACACUAGACCCAGCCAAAAAUAAAUAUGUGAAAUAUAUCCGCAAUAUCAGAACAAUACAAGAGUAUCUCUGCAACCGUGCCGAUAAGCAUCUGGUUCCCAAAAUAAACAAUACCAAUGUUGACAGGAGUGUUGCAGCCAUCCAUGCUACAGUCUUUAGCUGUCUUCGCAGACGUGAAGCAGGGGAGCAGUUGUAUGACUCUGCUACAAACACAGUUGCUGUGGUUCAAGAGGAGUACAGAAAUCAGUGUGCUGCCAACUCAUUAAGUUCCAAGGGGAUGUUUCAACUGAUCCAGAGAAUAGGGUCUUCUAGGCAUCUAAUGGCUCUUCUCAAUAUUGAUGGCUCUGUGGCGAAGGCUUGGCCUGUAGAUUCAAUUGUUGAUAGUGGCAAAUUGAUCACGUCCCCUGAGAAAGGCAUAGGAACUCCUAUGUAUGGACCCUUACAGAUUGAUAAGGCGGAACCAGUUAACCUUCAAUUUGGUAGCUUUGGAAUUAGUGCUUGGCCCAGUGAUAUAGGUGGUACAAGUCACACCGGAAGUGUUGAUGAAUCAAGGGCUGAUGAGACUGGGAGCAGAUAUCAUUCUUCAUGCUGCAGCUCUCCACGGAUAUCUGAUGGACCUGCCAAAGAGCUCAAAGAGGAACUUUCAGUUUCUGGUAGUGAUGAAGAAGCUGAUGAUCCAACUGAAGCGGGAAGUGAUGAAGAUCUAAGUGAUAUAGAUGACAAGCGAAUUGACGAAGAGAUGGAGGGUUCAGUAGAUGAGGAAUCAACAAAAUCUGAUGAGGAAUAUGAGGAUCUUGCCAUUCGAGAUGGGUUGGAGAAUGGAUACUGGUCGGAUGAUGAAGAUUCCAAUAGGAAACUUGUGCCUCCCCACAAGGACCUAACAACUGACGAGGGAGAAAGUCUAAGAGAAAAGUACAAGAAGAAUUUAGAUAUGUUCAUGAAAACCAGUAGUGAGGCGACGGCAGAGCCACCAUGCUCUUACUCCUCUAUUCUCGUGGAGAAAAACCAGAAGAGCCCACUGGCUGCUGGCAAUGCCAAAAUGAGAAAACGCUCACUCAGCAUUCCAGCUUUUGGAAAACAAGGAUCAUUGGUCAAUGGGCCCAUCCUCUCUGGAGCACGAUAGAUGUAGCGAAAUGCUUUUGUUUUUUCUUGUCUUUGUUUUUUAAUCUCUGAGGCUUUUGUAGAGAGCUCCCAGCUGGGUUAUCGAGGCAUCUUAGGUUUAUUGUUUUCUUUUUUCACGUUGUAAGUUCUAUUAUUUUCUAUUCUAUUUCUUUCUCUACUUGUAAAUAUAGUUCUGAUGUCCCAAGUAUGGACUUCGCCCUGUUUAUUAUCUCGUUUUAUUUUUAUUUUUUUUUUUUUUUCUAAUAACCCAGUGGGCUGGACUGGUAUUGUGUUGGUGAGAUAUUGUGUGCAAUUAUCAUGAACGAUGUUAACUAA